UUGAAAGCGAGUGCCCAGAAAAAGUGGACGUUUUACUCUGACUGGUGUUUCCCUGUGUACUGCCUACAAAGAAGUUAAAGAUGGCGGACAAGAGGGGUGACCGCGGUUCGAAAAAGGAACAACCGCCACCGCCUCCAAAGUACGAUCCACCGACAUGGGUAGGCAAGCCUCCUGCAGGUAUGCAUCUGGAUGUUUCAAAAAAUGACAAACUUGUCGAGAAAUUAAUUAUCGAUGGCAAAGAUUACUUCUUGUUUGGCCGACUGAGGGAUCAUGUUGAUUUCCCGCUAGACCACGCAUCCUGUUCUCGUGUACACGCCGCACUUGUGUUCCAUCGCCAUCUCAAGCGAAUGUUUAUAAUUGAUCUUGGAAGCACACAUGGCACCUUCGUUGGGUCAAUACGUGUUGACCCUCAUAAACCAGUGCAGGUUCUUGUUGAUUCUACUUUAGCUUUCGGCGCGUCUACGCGAAGGUUUACUUUGCGAGAAAGGCCUAAUGCCCAGGUAGCAGGAUUAGAUUCGCUUAAAGACAAAGAUGAUAAAGACAAGACAGUUCAUUCUUUGCUAGGAUUGCCAGAAGAAGAUACAGCACUCGAUGACCUCACGGAAUAUAACACAGCGCAGAACAGGCGACACGCAGUUGUUAAUGACGACGUUUCAAACAUAGUAACUCCAAAAAAGCGUCGAAGAUCAUCUACCAUCCAUGUUAUCUUUAAAGACGGAGAAGAAAUUAUCAACCCAGAGGACAUCGACCCAACUGUUGGUCGAUUCCGCAACCUUGUACAGACUGAAAUGGUAGUACCAACAAAAAAAAUCAAAUUCAGCCCUGCCCAGUCCAUGACCGAGUCAAUUACAAAACGAAUGCAAAGUUUCUCGUACGCUCCAGACCUCUACGCGGAUAUCCCCUCAAGCCACGAGGAGAACCACGCGGCUGGCGCAAUGGCGGGAAAAAUUUCGAUCACGUCAGCGCCAGACGUUGUGUCUCCGAAAGAAAAGGUGAACCCUAUUGGACCAGUAGUUGUAGAUACAACCAUAGUGCCACAAGCACCAGAGGACACGCGCCAAGACAUUUCUGAACCUAGAAAAAAGAAAUACGCCAAAGAGGCUUGGCCUGGAAAACGACCUGGACCAAAUCUUCUCAGCGUUUAGUAGAUAUUUGUUAUAGUAUUUUGUAGGUUGGUACAUGAGAUAUGUUACAUAUUUUAA